ACUGUAGGGAUAUUAUAAGGUAUUGACCAUUUGUAUUUCAAUAUGGAGGAACGAAGAAUAUUUCUGAAUUAUGUUGGGAAUAUUUUGUCGAUAGAUAUCGUUUUCACUUCUCCGAAGAAAUAGUCCGUCCGUAUAAAGCCUCUUGCCUUCGUCAGCAGCGAUCUUUCCAGUCGCAUGUCGAAGUUGGGAACAGAUCAUGUCUAACGAUUCUGCUGAUUACAGAGAUCGAGACCAUGGGGGACCAGAGGGGAUGGAGCCUGAUGGUGUCAUUGAGAGCAACUGGGAUGAGAUAGAGAACUUUGAUGACAUGAACCUGAAGGAGAUAAGGGAAACGUAUGCCUAUGGGUUUGAAAAGCCAUCAGCCAUUCAGCAGAGGGCAAUCAUGCCUUGCAUCGACGGCUUUGUCAUUGCACAAGCACAGUCUGGCACUGGCAAAACUGCCACGUUUGCCAUCUUUAUCCUGCAGGAGACCGCAUUGGUGGCCCUGCUCUCAGCCACCAUGCCUGCGGACGUGCUGGAGGUGACCAAGAAGUUCAUGCGAGACCGCGUCCUGGUGAAGGAGGAGCUCACCCUGGAGGGCAUCACGCAGUUCUACAUCCACGUAGAGCGAGAGGAGUGGAAGUUGGGACACGCUGUGCCACCUGUACGAGACUGUCCAUCACCCAAGGCGGUCAUCUUCCUCAACACCAUGAGGAAAGUGGACUGGCUGCAGAAGAUGCAUGCCUGGGAUUUUACGGUGUCUGCCCUGCAUGGUGACAUGGACCAGAAGGAGAGGGCCCUGAUCAUGAGGGAGUUCAGGUCCGGCUCCAGCAGAGUGCACAUCACUACAGACCUUCUGGCCUGUGGAAUUGACGUACAGCAAGUUUCCCUGGUCAUAAACUAUAAAGAGGACAAGCGGAUUCUUCGAGACAUCACAACACGACUGGCGAAACUGCCCAUGAAUGUGGCAGACAUGAUCUGAGCCUUCUGGGUUUGACCUUUCACACGCAGCAAUGGUGGUCAACAUCUCCCAAGUUGCCGAUACUCGGGGAAACUCUUUUCAAAUGUUAAACCUUGAAUCUGAUUUGCCCUUAACCCUUGUUAAGCGAGGUGCUGUCAAUGUUGGUCGCUCUUGGACAGUUGUAGAUUCUGACAGUUGGAGCUGCGAUGGUGUUUUUUGUUGGCUGUUCAUCCUUUAGUAAUGAUCUACUUGUGAACAAAAGAGGUGCUGUAUUAAGUUUGCAAAUUGUUAUACAUGCAUAUGUGAAGUCUUUAGUGUAGAGCCAGAUUGUAUUGUCUGGUAUAGAUUUGUAUUUGCCUUUUUCCACUGCCUGUUAAUGCUUCUCAGGUUGGCAGAAUAUAAGUGCUGUUUUACAAAUAAAAUACAUCACUCUUUC